CAGGGGUCUUUCCCAAUCCCAGCUGUAUCUGGAGAGGCUGCCAGAGUAACCUGGUACCUCCUGCAUGCAAAGAACAAAGAUACUCUUAACACUGAGCGAUGACCUCAUUCUCUAAGGAGAAUAUCUUACAGCAGCGUGCUGACAUGUAGUCACCCAUCCAAAAUGCAACCCAGGGCAAGCCCUGUUUAGCAAAGGGGCAAUUCAUGCUCUCUACUGCAGAAUGGGUUCUCCACCCAAUGUCAGCCAUUGUGUUGCUCUCAAGGGGACAUGCACCCCCGUCAAAUUUUGAUGUAAUUUGUCCCUCCUAAAUACAUUUUAAAGCACACUUGCAACUGGAACAGGGCAUUUAUUUAAAGCAAAUGGGUGAAGUGGCUGUAAAUUUUUGCAAUGCUUGAUGUUCCACCAGGGUCGACCCCGUACAGAACAUGCCGGCUAAAAUGAUUAUGCAAAUCCUAUUCUAAUAGCUGCAAGGAAGUCGCCAGGAAAUCCCACAGCAGAAAACUUCGUUGGGUAUAGCACCCUCUAGGGGCCAAGCCAGGCUACAGCAGUCUGCCAAAUGAUUUCAGCUGUGUGGGUUGCAGGAUUUUGCACCGGAUCUGAAUUCCGAAAUUGGAAUAUAUUAGAUUAAGCAAAUCUAUAGGGAUUUGCAUAUUUUGUGGUAUGGAUUUGCAUAUUUUGUGGAAUUAUUUUGGUUCUCAACUCAGGGAGUUGUUCAGCAGGAGCAGAAGUGGAGGAAACAAAAAACACAUCUAUUUCAUACAGCUUCCAUUACAGAAUUGAUGGUGUAUGGCAUUGCUGGAGCAUUAACCUAUUUCAUUGUGAGGUGCGGCAUUAGGACCCAGGAAUCCCUCACUGAUUUCUACCCAGGUAUUCAUGCUGAAAAACCAGUUUGGGACGAGUCUGGGCCGUACGCCGGCUUCCCAGGACACCCCCGUGUCGCUGUUGUGUUUGGGGCUGCUAAAAGGAAGGGGGAGAUCCUGUAUGUCUCAGAUCAUCAGGCCUUAUGGGGUCCUAUGUGGGCGACGAAGUGGCCUUUCCAUCUGAAAGGUUUAAAAAAGAACCAGAGAAGACCGUUGACCCCGAGCAAAGGGAAGAGGAAGUCAACAUCAAGGACAUGGAGCUGAAGGAAGAAUGGCAGGAUGACGAAUUCCCCCGGCCACUUCCAGAGAUCUCCGAGGAGGACCUCGAAGAAUCCAGUUCUGAACUUAGUCCAGUGAUUCCUCCCAACACCCUGGAGCUGUGUGGCCAACGGAGAAUGAAGAAGCGGCUCCCGGCGCCGGAUCUGGCCGAGGGCUCGGUGAAGUCGGGCGAAUGUCUGGAAGGGACCCCCGACGGCAGCCUGGACAUCGAUGUGGACGAGCUGGAGACACCGUCGGAGAGCGAGCUGCUGCAGGAGGACUCUGAGAACGGACACGAGUUUGAGUGGGAAGAUGACCUUCCCAGAGCCCGGCGUGUGGACGGCAGCCUGUCUGAGAAAUUCUGCACAGGCCGCGUCGUAGACAUCAAGGACCCAAAUGGGCGGAAAUGGCGGAUUUUCCUGACGGAUGAGCAGGAACAGAAAGUGGACCUGGAUGCCGUCGAGCCCUACAAGAGAGUGAUCUCACACGGAGGCUACUAUGGGGAAGGUCUGAAUGCAAUCAUCGUGUUCGCUUCAUGCUACUUGCCAGACAGUAGCAUCUCAGGUUAUCUGUAUGUCAUGGAGAACCUAUUCAGGUACAUCACAGGAACGCUGGAGCUGAUGGUAGCCGAGAACUACACGCUGGUGUGUCUGAAUGGUGCGACCCCUCGUAGCAGGGUGCCUUCUUUUACCUGGAUCAAACAGUGUUACCAGACUAUUGACCGGCGGCUCAGGAAGAACCUGAAGUCUUUGAUUAUUGUACAUUCCACCUGGUAUGUCAAGGCAUUGAUGGCUGUGUGCAAACCUUUCAUUAGUUCCAAGUUCAGCCGAAAGCUUCAGUUUGUGGACAGCCUGGAGGAUCUAGGCCAGAUGAUCCCGCUGGAGCAAGUGCAUAUUCCCGGCUGCGUCCGCCAACUAGAUCAAGCCUGGAACAGCUCUGGAGCCAACAAGCGGUGAAGCUGGCAGGAUUUUUCUUCCAGUCUUGUAAAAUAAUCAAGCUUUUUAUGUCA